AUGUCAAACUCAUCAGAUCUCGUAGAGCUUUCUGAUCACGAAAGCUCUCAGACAGUAGAACCAAUGCAAUCAUCGUCAAAAAUACAAACCACUCUAGAUAGUUACUCAUUUUAUGAGGGUAUUAUUGCAA